AACUUCUUCCUAACACAAAGCCCUACCUGCUACAUACGAUCAGACCUGAUCCAUCAACUACGCAUACACAACACAUCCAUUUCUACGCGAUUGUGCUAUAGUGCAGCACUAUCAAGCAACAUGGUCAAAUUCUACUCUACCAACGACACCUACUCGUACCCUUUCCCCGCCGUCACCCUCGCCUACUUUCUCCGCUACCCAAACCCCUACUCUACACAUGUGCUCUCCACCGACACCAUCUCGAGGCACUAUGACCCCGAAACCCAGCGUCUGACCACCAUUCGCCUCCAUCUCAAGCGCUCCAAGCUCCCUUCUGCCGUCGUCAAGCUCCUGCCUCGCUCCUUGCUGGGCGCGUCGGCCACCGGAGAUACACAGACCUACAUUCUCGAGAAGUCGGUAGUGGAUGUUAAGGAAGGAUGGAUGGAUACUGAGUCGCAGAAUCUCGAAUGGACCGGCGUAUUGUCUGUUGUUGAGCGCCAAUUGUUCAAACGACCAAGUCCUCUGGUCCCGGAUGAGGCCAAGUCCUGGCCGGCGGUGGAGGGCCCUGCGCGUCGCUCUAGCUUUAUCAAAUUCAGCGGCCUCGGCGCUGGAGCUAAGGUGGAGGAUACAGGCGAGAAGACUGAAGUGACGAGCUCCGUCACGUUGCAUAGCCAUAUUGGCGAGACGUGGAAGAAGCGCCGUGCUGCAGCGGAAGGUGACAAGGACGAGGAGCAGCAGCAGAAGCCGGGAUUCCUCAGGAGCUGGGGUACAUCGUCUUUGCAGCGCAGCAUCGAGAAGAUUGGCUUGACAAGGACGCUGAGAAGUCAGCCUAACGCCAGGGAGGGAAUGAAGGUCGUGUUGGAGCGUAUGCGCGAAGGUGGUUUAGUCGGUGUUUUGGAAGGCAUGAGAAAAGAUCGUGAGGCUAUACAGGCUGGUCGCGACUUGCUUAAGAACACCACUCGCACUGACAAUGACGAAUAA